ACGCGUUUCAGCUGAACUUCCUCCUUCACCAGGGAUAAACAAGUGCGACACUCAAAUUAUCAUCAUUCUAUUCACGAACCGUCGUGGACAUCAUGGCUAUCUUAAAGUACUGUUUAUGCGUUUUUGUUCUUCUUUCUGUUUCUCAAACCGACGCGUUAUUUGGCCGAAGAUUUAGAAUAAGACUUGGUGGUGCGAGAUGCUCUUCAAAAAUUCGUUGCGUUUCCUGUACGAAUCACAAAAGUUGGUCUGGUAGUUCAUGUCGUUGGUGCCCGAGAGAUAAAAAAUGUCAUGCACACGGCGCGAUUUUUGCCAACCCAUGUUCGAGGACUCAAAACGUUGUUAGUGCCAGUGCUUGCAGUAAAAUCGUGACAGCGACAUACCAGAGAGAUUUGGCAUUUAAGAUGGUGUAUCUUUCUGCCUUGGCGUACGCUGAUACCGUCGCUAAUUAUGUACAACGAGCAACCGAGGUAUCGAGUUUCCGGGUUAUACGGCAAGUCACAGAACGCUGCCAAGGAAAUGCGAAAUGCUCAGGCUUCAUUGCUGUAUCUCACAGCGAACGUGCAAUCGCUGUUUCGUUUCGAGGUUCCCAACACACCAAUCAAGUCGUUGUACAAGCAUUGAAAAUAUUGAGCGUCCCUAAAGUACGUUUCCAGGCUGGUGGAAAGGUUCAAAAAUAUUUCAAUGACGUGUUUGUUUCGAUUUGGAAGAGACUCAAGUAUGAUGUUUACAGACAGAUAAGAAGGUAUCCCAAUUACAAAGUCUGGGUCACCGGCCAUUCCCUUGGCGGGGCUUUGGCAUCCCUGGCAAGUACAGUUCUUUCGUACGAAAAACGAAAACCGGAAGCCAACAUAUUUCUCUACACAUUUGGCCAGCCAAGGGUGGGUGAUUACCGAUACGCCUUGCAGCACGAUAAACUGGUACCCAUCAGCUUCAGAGUCACCCAUUAUCGAGAUCCUGUUGUUCACCUGCCCACCUGCAAGACGCUCCUCCCAGGCACACCUUGCAUUGCCAACACCGGGGGACCCUAUCACCAUGGUAAAGAGAUUCACUAUGGCAACGCCGUGAUGACGAAAACAUCUUCGUAUAAAAAGUGUCAAGGAUUGCCUCACAACGAAGAUCUCGGAUGCAGCAAUAACCCUAAGGUUUGGCUACAAUGCUUCGCUGGUAUAAAUAAUUUACAGAACUGUAUUAACGAUCACAUGGUGUACUUUGGAGUGCGUGUUGGAGUUUGGUGGAAGAAUUAGAAAUUAAAAAUAAGAUUUGCGAUAUAAACCGUCAAUAAAGAAAAUAGAAUUCGGCAUUUUAA